AUUGUGUGAAAGCUCAGCAAGGAGAACAAUUUUCCCACGCCCAGACAGUCGCUGAUUCCCCACGCACCGUCUUCAGUCCAUCGCCACUUUCUCUGCCUCCUCAACUUCCCAUUCGAAUCUCGCUUCGUUUGAGAAAGACAUUCGCUCGGUGCACGUUUCCCCACUCCUUUCGGACGUAUUCCCACCGAUCAACAAAACUCCCAAGCGUACCCAAUGAUGUCAGGUUACUACAACAACGAUAGCUCCAACGGAUACAGGGGCGGUUCCUCUGGUGGAAGCUACGGUGGAGGAGGCUACGGUGGGGGUGGUUCUUCCUACACCGGCGGGGGCUCCUCGUACGGUGGAGGCUCCGGCUAUGGUGGCGGGGGCGGUUCCUCGUACGGUGGAGGUGGAUACGGCGGAGGCUCUUACGGAGGUGGCGGCGGUUAUGGAGGUGGUGGCGGUGGUUACGGGGGAGGUGGCGGCUUUGGUGGCGGCGACAGAAUGUCUGGCCUCGGAAACAGCCUGAGGAAGCCGGAUUGGGAUCGCGAAUUCGCCAGCUUGCCCAAAUUCGAAAAGAACUUCUACGUCGAGAACCCCGCUGUCACGGCGCGUUCAGAGUCCGAAGUUGAGGCCUUCAGGAGGAAGCACGAAAUCACCGUCGUCGGAACCGAUAUCCCCAAACCUGUCGAGGCUUUCCACGAGGCGUCGUUCCCAUCCUAUGUUCUCAGAGAAGUCGAGGCGGUCGGAUUCUCUACGCCUACCGCAAUUCAAUCACAGGGAUGGCCCAUGGCCUUGAGUGGUCGUAACCUGGUCGGUGUUGCAGAAACAGGUUCCGGAAAGACUCUCGCUUACGUCCUUCCCGCCAUUGUUCACAUCAACGCACAACCGCUGCUGCAACCCGGAGACGGCCCUAUUGUUCUCAUUCUGGCCCCUACCCGUGAACUCGCGCUCCAGAUCCAACAAGAGUGCUCGAAGUUCGGACAUUCGUCAAAGAUCAAGAACACCUGCUUGUAUGGUGGUGUACCACGUGCGCCCCAAAUGCGUGCCCUGCAAGCCGGUAUCGAGAUCUGCAUUGCAACACCAGGUCGUCUCAUCGACAUGCUGGAAUCUGGAAAGACGAAUCUGCGUCGUGUCACAUAUCUCGUCAUGGACGAAGCUGACAGGAUGUUGGACAUGGGUUUCGAGCCCCAAAUUCGGAAGAUCGUUGACCAGAUCCGACCUGACCGUCAAACGCUCAUGUGGUCCGCUACAUGGCCAAAGGAAGUACAAGCCCUGGCUCGCGAUUACUUGAGGGACUACAUCCAGGUCAACGUCGGAUCCAUGGAGCUGUCUGCCAGUCACAACAUCACACAAAUCGUCGAGAUGUGCGCUGAGUUUGACAAGCGUAACAAGCUCGUGCGACUCCUGGAGAAGGCUGCGGACGACCGGGCAGCAAAGACCAUCAUCUUCACCGGAACAAAGCGUGUCGCUGACGAAAUCACACGGUACCUGCGCCAAGAUGGAUUCCCAGCACUCGCCAUUCACGGAGACAAGAAGCAACAAGAACGUGACUGGGUCAUGCAGGAGUUCAAAACCGGCAAGGCGCCAAUCUUGAUCGCUACGGAUGUCGCUGCUCGUGGAUUAGACGUCAAAGACAUCAAAUUCGUCAUCAACUUCGACUUCCCCAACAACAUCGAGGACUACAUCCAUCGUAUUGGACGGACUGGGCGUGCCGGAACGACGGGAACAGCCUACACCUUCUUCACCGCCGACAACUACAAGCACUCGCGCGAGCUGGUCAAGAUCCUCGACGAGGCGAGGCAGGAUGUCGAUCCCAAGUUGAGGGAGAUGGCGCAGAAUAGCGGUGGUUCGUACGGGCACUCCCGCUACGGCGGCGGCGGCGGCCGAGGAGGCGGCGGACGCGGUGGAGGUUACGGUGGAGGCGGCGGUUCGAGCAGAUACCAGCCUUAUGGACGUCGUUAAACACCUCGACGUGCCGUCCCAAAAAAAACUAUAUCUUUGGAAUCCCCCAAAAAAACACAAAACGCAACACGACCCGUCCUUCCCUGUAUGGACGGGGCGUGUAUGGGAAGGACGGGUUUUGUUUGAUUAGCUAUCCCUUGAUGCCGCCCAUUUGCCCUUGUUAGUGGGUGGUGGUUGUGUAUUGAUUUAUGUCUGUUUUUGUUUUCGUCGAUGUGUUUGGAUGUGUGUGUCUUUUUUUUUUUACUUAAUCUCUAUACGUGGUGACUUAGCUUGUGCUUGGUGCGCAUGGAUUAUGGUGUGGAUUGGAGGUAGACCUAG